CGUUCUCUCUCAUCAUGCUGCAGAGCUCCUCCCUUUCCGACUCCUCCAGAAGCUAAACUACCGCCGCGCCAUGUCUUCAUCUGCCAUUUCUUCUGCUCUAUGCCUUCCCUUUUCUCGAUCGAGCUCCUCUAAGUCAUGCUAUAGAAAGGAUAGCGUGCCUAUGGAGGGCUCAGAGUCUUUUCUUUGUAUGGCGAUGAGGGUGGGUUAGUGGACAAGAAGAGCCCAUGGCUGACACUAUUUAAUGUUGAAGAUCCAAGGUCCAAAGUUCCCCAAUGUAAAGGUAAGUUCCUUGAUGUAAACAUUGCUUUAGAAGUGGCUCGAUAUGAUCUACAGUAUUGUGAUUGGAGAGCUCGUCAAGAUGUCCUUACAAUCAUGCUUCUGCACGAGAAGGUUGUCGAAGUGUUAAACCCUCUUGCCCGCGACUAUAAAUCUAUUGGAACCAUGAAGAAGGAACUUGCAGAUUUGCAGGAAGCACUUGCACAAGCUCACAAGCAUGUGCACAUGUCAGAGGCACGGGUUUCUGCCGCCUUAGAUAAGCUGGCUUACAUGGAAUCAAUGGUAAAUGACAGGUUGUUGCUUGACCAGCACACAGCAGAAGUUGGUAGCUCUUCCCCUUCUCUUAGUGCACCUAUAAGGCAUUCAGAAAAUGUUGAGAGGAAGAUGCGUCGAAGAAGCCUAAAUGUAUCCGGUCCCAUCCAAAAUUACAGUGACCGUCUGAUGAACUUCUGGUAUCCUGUUGCUUUCUCCAGUGAUCUUAAGGAUGAUACCAUGAUGCCAAUUGAUUGCUUUGAGCAGCCAUGGGUAAUCUUUCGUGGGAAUGAUAGAAAGCCAGGAUGCGUCCAAAACACAUGUGCUCAUCGAGCCUGCCCCCUUCAUCUAGGUUCAGUAAAUGAUGGGCGAAUACAAUGUCCUUACCACGGCUGGGAGUAUGCUACAGAUGGAAAAUGCGAGAAAAUGCCAUCAACAAGAUUACUAAAUGUAAAGCUAAAAACAUUGCCAUGCUUUGAGCAAGAAGGCAUGAUUUGGAUUUGGCCUGGAAAUGAUCCUCCAGAAGCUACAAUACCUUCUUUAAAACCUCCCCCGGGAUUUCAAAUCCAUGCAGAGAUUGUCAUGGAGCUCCCUGUGGAACAUGGUUUACUAUUAGACAACCUUUUAGAUCUUGCACACGCUCCUUUCACCCACACUUCGACUUUUGCUAAAGGAUGGAGCAUACCAAGCUUGGUGAAAUUUUUUACUCCUGAAUCUGGUCUACAAGGACACUGGGAUCCAUAUCCGAUCGACAUGGAAUUUAGACCACCCUGUAUGGUGUUAUCUACUAUUGGAAUAUCAAAGCCUGGAAAACUGGAGGGGCAGAAUACCAAACAGUGUGCUACACACCUUCACCAAAUGCAUGUGUGCUUACCUUCGUCCACACAGAAGACUAGGUUAUUAUACAGGAUGUCUCUGGAUUUCGCGCCGAUGCUCAAACACUUCCCCUUCAUGCAGUAUUUGUGGAGGCACUUCGCUAAACAGGUCUUGAAUGAGGAUCUGCGGCUUGUGAUUGGGCAACAGGACCGCAUGAUCAAUGGUGCUAACAUCUGGAAUCUUCCGGUCUCGUACGACAAGCUAGGAGUAAGGUAUAGGUUAUGGAGGGAUGCUCUAGAACGCGGUGCUGAACAUUUACCUUUCCAGUAGAUGUGCAUUUCACAGCCAAAAUAAUUUGUCACUUGCCAAAUUACUUCUGAAGCUCUACUUCAAGGGCAACAUCCUAAUUCCCAAGCUCGGUUUUGAGACGAAGCGGCAAAGCAUAAAUGCAGCUAUUAUUUGACCGGUACACACGGCUGCGCAGUUAAAGGGACUGCGCCAAGUCGUAUCGUUUGUACUCUUUUUUGAACAAAUAAUUCUUCACCAUAUUUGCCCACCUCCUUUUUGGCUCCCAACUGCUUUGCUUUAGGUGCUAAAUUUCGCAUAGAAAUGGCAAAUGGAAAUUUUAGCUGUUAGCUUUGUUGUGUUUUUUCUCUCCCACUUUCCAACAAAUUACCCAGCUUGGGUUCGGCUUAAUGGGUCCAACAACUCAUAUUAAGUGCAUGGACAAGGGUGGAAACGGUUGUAAAUUGUUACACUCGUAUUUCAUUACACAUUAUGUAAAUAUUACGGAUUGUAAUGUACGGAGUAUAUAUAUAUAUUAUCUAAAUCGUCCUUUACUUUUGGUGAUUUAUCUUAUAAAAAAUGUGUGUAAUAAGAACAUUUACUCUUG